AUGAAUUUUGAAAAUACUCUACGUCAUCUAUUAUCUACAACGUUUCAUUUGUUUCUAUUUUUAUUAUGGUGUAUUCAAUCGUCAUUUGGUGAUACAUCAUCAUGUCGGAAACAAGUUGAAUGUUUUAUAUGCGAUUCACGUGAUAUACCUGAAUGUGAAAAUUCAAAUAAUUUUCUUCAAGUACAUAUACCAAUAAAAUUAUGUGAUGAUUAUUGUGUAAAAAUGUGGACACGUGAAAAUGAGAGUAUAUCUGGUACGGGCAUACAAGCAUCACGUUAUGUUAAACGAGAUUGUCAUAAAAUAUUUCGUUAUCAUAUUAAAAAAGCUGAAACAUGCUAUAAACAUAAAAAACAUACAUCUGAUGUACUUUGUUUGUGUGGUACAGAUCGUUGUAAUUCAGCUAGAAGUUUAUUAAGAUUCAAUUGGCUCUUUUUCCUCACAUUUUAUAUAUAUUUUUAUACCGAUUUUUUUAAUUCAAGAAUCUAUCGAUAA